CCCCCCCCUCCUUAUUUGUUGUGGAAUGGAUUUAACAGAGGGAUCCCGGCCAGGGUGUGAAAUACUCACACACAGCGCGCACCCAGCACGCACACCCACACCACUCCAAACCCAGUUCUUGCGCACACACUCUCACAGACACACACCCUCACUGACACAUUUGCAGCGGUCUGCCUAUACAGCCCUCGCCCUGCCUACUUCUCCCUCAGUAUCUCACUGACUCGGGUAAGGAGCACACUGCCACCUGCUUUGGAUUACCAAGUCACCAUCCCACACAGAGGAGACAGAGGGAAUAUAAUACAGGACGUCUGCCGGGAAACGGACAGCCCCGACAACAGUACAGAGCAAUAUGGGGAGCAGCAUGUCAUGUGUUCCACAACACAACUUCACGUUCUCCAGCAAAAGUUUCAUACGCAGGAACAGCAGCCGCUUGUUCCGUAAGAAUAAUCCACAGGAAGGACAGGAAAAGUCCAAUAGCAUCAUCAAUAUUCUCUGCACCGUCACUCCCAGGAAGGAGAUGACCCACAAAGACCUGCAAAAGAUCGAGAACAUAAAGUGGGACCCUCCAUUUCCUUAUGACCCGGCCAGUGGCUGGAAGAAGAGCAGCAUCAAUGUCAAGAACUAUGGCAGGAUGGUUCACAGCUCUAAAGUUCGCUUCCGCUUUCUCCACUGCCAGGAUGUGCAUGACUGCUUCCUGGAUCUCUUCCAGACACAUCUUCAUUUUGUUUCAAACAACACUACUGGACUCACCUACCAGGGGACCCUUCCUCUGAAAGAGCUCACAAUCUGCAAUCUGCAGCAGAACUGUAACCACAGCCAGCCCCAGGAGUUUGCCUUCCAGAUCAACGGUGUCAGCCUGAACCCUAUUGUCGUCUACUGCUCCAACCAGAAAGAGAUGGACUUGUGGUUUGGUCUGCUCAAAGAACACAUUGAGAUCAAUGGGGGCACCCCCAUCACAUCUAUGGAGGCCUUCGCCAGGCUUAAGAACCUAGAGGAAGGCAGGGAAGGAAAGGACGAACUGAGGAACUCUAUCAGUAAAGAACCUAUUUACGAGUGGGAGGGCUCUCAGCGGGAGAGUUUGGGGCCUAUUGUCUACGUGACCAAAGUCCUCCUGCAACACCUCCCCUGUCAGGAACAAAGUGACAGAUUACUGGUAAUGUACCCCAGCACUCUGAUCAUCUUGUCAGAAGAGAGCCAUGGGCUUUUCUACAAGGGGAAACUUCCACUCAACAUGAUCACUGUGACCACACCCUGCCAGGAGGUCAAGGCCAACACCUUCAAGAUUGAAGGUAAGCUGAUAAACCCUAUAGUGGUGACCUGUUUGGAUAAGAAGGAGUUCUACGACUGGAUCCAGCAUUUCAAAGACUUCGAUGUCCCAGUUCUCAGCCCCCCGCCUCCUGUUUAUGACAUCAUCUACACCCCCACACCAAGAGAGGCUCCAGAAUUUAAUAGGUGGAGUUAUCACAGCCAGAGCCAGGGUUGUAACAGCCAGAGCCAGGGUUGUAACAGCCAGAGCCAGGGUUGUAACAGCCAGAGCCAGGGUUGUAACAGCCAGAGCCAGGGUUGUAACAGCCAGAGCCAGAGCCGUAGUGAGUCUCUCAAACUGGGGCAUUCCUACAGCGGAAGAGGAUCUGGGUCCCACCACCUCCAGUUCCCCCCUAGACAUGAAGAAAAUCCUCUGUCCCCAGGUUACACAGAACCCCUAUGUUACACUUCCAGUCGGCCCUCCUCCACCGAGACGGCUUGGCUGGGCAGCCGCAAUAACAGUAUGUCGUCCCACGCCGCCAGGCCCGAGCGUGACCUCCGACCUUUGUCAAUGCGCUACUCCUCCCCACAGCACUGCUCCUACCUCCCUCCAGAGGGACCAGAAGGGGUGGUGCUGUAUCCCGUGUACAACACGCCAUACUCAGGCCAGCACUGCGACACAGCCAGCACCCCACAGAGACUGGAGAAAGCUACCCUCAUCAAGUCCAGCAGCUGGAGCACCCCGGAGACAUACUCGUCCCUGUCCAAGCCACAGCGCCACUCUGACCUGUGCGCUCCCCGGCAGCCCCUGUCGCCCCUGUACGAUGAGCCCUGUACCCCUGGACCCUACAGGCACGAGGAGGAGAACCGCUCCCGGCAGCAGCCAACAAUGCAGGGUUGGAGAGGCCAACCACAGAAGCAGCAGGACCCUCAUCUCCUACCCUCUUCCUUCCAGCUAAACGCUCCUCCUCCGGGCAAGCGUAGCCAGAAGAGCUUGGUGCUCUGUCGAGGCCAGGGGGUGGAGAGGGAGGACUCCGAGUCUCCAGCCGAACAGAGAGCAGAGGCUGUUUCCAGACUGAGGCUGCUGCCUGAUCCCAAAUCAAACCAAGAGGAGAGGCUCUUCCAGUUAAUGGCUACUAUGAACAAUCCCAAGAAUCUGUAUGGUUACUCACCAGAUCACAACUCAUACCUUCAACCAUGUGAGCCAGAUGACCAGGAAAUAGACUAUGACAACAUUUGGUAGUACAACUGCAGUACUGAGAUGAUUCAACCCGUGUCUGGAAUUUCACCACACAGGAUGGGAUUAGACUUUGGGGCCAGAGGCCUGGGUGCCAUGGCAACCCACCAGCGGAGAUGAAGAUAAAAUCAAACAAACGCCAGUGCUCAUCUGGACAUGUGCAAACAACAGAUCUCUAUCAGUGAGCCAUACAACAACCCAUCGUGUGAACUCACAACUGCCUAUUAUGGUCACAAAAUGGCAUCCUAUUCAAUAUACUGUACAAUAGGCUCUAUUUAAGAGUAGUGACUGCUCUAUAUAGAGAACAUGGUACCAUUUGAGAAGCAUACCAUGUCAUCAACAAACCUAAUGAACAAAGGAUUUUUGUCUAUACUUAAAAUAAGAUUGCAUACAUGGAAACACCUCCAAGGACAUCAAAAAGUUGAAUCGAUGCGCUACCCUGAAUGGUUUAACAGCUAUGAGUUUAUGAAAAUGUAAGACACAUAGAUUCCACUGGUUGUUAAUGUAACAAUAAAUGUAAAGUGCAAAACAUA